GCGGAACGGAAGUUACGCGUGUGCGCGCGCAGCCGCGGAGGGCUGAGACGGGAUUCCGGUUCGUUGAGAAGUGGUUCCGCUGCGGGACGCUCGGCCCUCUGGCUGCGGGAGACUUUGGGCUGUUUUUGUGCCAUGCACCCUUUACAGUGUGUCCUCCGCAUGCAGAGAUGUCAGAGGUGGAGGCCCUUGGCCUCUGUGUCCUGGGUGCUGCUCAGGACCUGCAGGGCACACAGUGGUCUCCCCAGUACUGCAUGUUCCAGUCCAGAGAGACAACAGGAGGCUGGAGUUUGGAAAGAUUUCAACUCCAGGCUGGCCACUGGACCGACUUUUCAGCAUUUUUUAAGAAAUGCUUCAGUUCCUCAAGAGAAACCGUCUUCAGAAGUGGACGACCCACCCCCGUAUCUCACAGUGGAUGAACUUUCAGGAAGACAGAGAAAAGUCUACCUUGAGACCUAUGGCUGCCAGAUGAAUGUGAAUGACACAGAGAUAGCCUGGUCCAUCUUACAGAAGAGUGGCUACCUGCGGACCAGUAACCUUCAAGAGGCUGAUGUGAUUCUCCUUGUCACGUGUUCUAUCAGGGAAAAGGCUGAACAGACCAUCUGGAAUCGUUUACAACAGCUCAAAGUUCUGAAGUCAAAACGGCUCCGCUCCCGAGUGCCUCUGAGGAUUGGGAUUCUAGGCUGCAUGGCUGAGAGAUUAAAGGAAGAGAUUCUCAGCAGGGAGAAGAUGGUGGAUGUUUUGGCUGGUCCAGAUGCCUAUCGGGACCUUCCUCGGCUCCUUGCUGUUGCCGAAUCAGGCCAGCAAGCUGCCAACGUCCUGCUGUCUCUGGAUGAGACCUAUGCCGAUGUCAUGCCAGUCCAGACGAGCCCCAGUGCCACUUCUGCCUUUGUGUCUAUCAUGAGAGGCUGUGACAACAUGUGCAGCUACUGCAUUGUACCUUUCACACGUGGCCGGGAGAGGAGUCGGCCUGUUGCCUCUAUAUUAGAGGAAGUGAGGAAGCUUUCUGAGCAGGGGCUGAAAGAAGUGACACUCCUUGGUCAGAAUGUUAAUAGUUUUCGGGACACUUCAGAGGUCCAGUUCAACAAUGCAGUGUCCACCAACCUCAGCCGUGGCUUUUCCAGCAACUAUAAAACCAAGCAAGGGGGCCUUCGUUUUGCUCACCUUCUAGAUCAGGUCUCCAGAAUAGAUCCUGAAAUGAGGAUCCGUUUUACCUCUCCCCACCCCAAGGAUUUUCCUGAUGAGGUUCUGCAGCUGAUUCAUGAGAGAGACAACAUCUGUAAACAGAUCCACCUACCAGCCCAGAGUGGAAGCAGCCGUGUAUUGGAGGCUAUGCAGAGGGGGUAAGCAGCAGUGACAUGCUGUCCUUUGUUGUGUGUGACAGAUGUGAGCCUCAGCAGUGAUUUCAUUGCUGGCUUUUGUGGUGAGACGGAGGAAGAUCACUUCCAGACCAUGUCUUUGCUUCAGGAAGUUCAGUACAACAUGGGCUUCCUCUUUGCCUACAGCAUGAGACAGAAGACACGGGCAUAUCACAGACUGAAGGAUGAUAUCCCGGAAGAGGUCAAGUUAAGGCGUUUGGAAGAACUUAUCACUGUCUUCCGAGAAGAAGCAACAAAAGCCAACAAGACUUUUGUGGGUUGUACCCAGCUGGUGCUGGUGGAGGGGCUCAGUAAACGCUCUGCUACUGACCUGUGCGGCCGGAAUGAUGGAAACCUUAAGGUGAUCUUUCCUGAUGCAGAGAUGGAGGAUGUCACUAACUCUGGGCUCAGGGUCCGAGCUCAGCCUGGGGAUUAUGUACUGGUGAAGAUCACCUCUGCCAGCUCUCAGACACUUAAAGGACAUGUUCUCUGCAGGACCACUCUGAAGGACUCCUCAACAUAUUACUGACCUGAGUGGUUGGCCUCAGUCCUUCCCAACAGGAAGGGAGAUAUGACUGGUCACUAAUGAAAGAGGUAACAAAGCUUUGGAGAUAAACUACAAGUAGUGAAACAACUUUCUAUGAAGUGGAAAAUGCAUCUCUUCGCUGCUAUGUGAACAGCUUUUGCAAUCAUUAAAUUUACCUAAACUAAAGGGGUCUUUGUAUCUACUUUUACUUCAUUUGUGCCUUGGUUAGUAGUGUCUCUGAGAUUUUCCUCAUAGCUUCUGGGUUAAGUGUUUCCCAACCCAGUUUCUAAUAUGGACACUGGAAAAUCUCUCUGGCUUUCUCCCUUCAACCCGAGAAUUAGAGACUGAGGGGAGGGGAAGGUGGAGAGAAACAUUUACUUAGGAAAAGUUGCUCUAGAUCUUUCUUAACAUUUUGAUUUGGUAUCAUUGACUCAGCUCCUGCUUUCUCUCUUUAUUUUCGUAUUUUACCUGAGAACUUCCCUCAUGGACCUCUUUUUUAGUCUAUCAGUUUAUUCUUUGCCUUCAGAUUUGAUAGUACUUGGAGUUUUAGAAAACAUUACCUACUAGUAGUCAUUUAUUAGCCCAUUUACUACCAAAAUUAUGUCAUUCUGUGGGGAUAAUGAAAAAAAAAUCCAAAAGAUGGUAGCAUAGAAUAUUUGGAGUCUGAAGGACUUUGGUUCAAGUCCCUGCUUCAUUGCUUCAGAGUUGUGUGACCUUUAGUAGUUACUUUAUUCUUCUGUGCCUUGGUUGUCUCCUAUGACAUGGGGAUAAUAAUAAAACACUUACCUCCUGGAGUUCAGUGAGAUUACACUUGUAGAGAGUUUAGUCAGUCUGUGGAACAUAGUAAACUCUUGACAAAUGAGAGCAAUUAUUGAAAGAUUUUGCUUCUAAAACAAGCUGCGUAUAUUAGUAUAUGCUGAGGCUUUUACUGUGUGUCUGGUCAUGAUCUCCUAUGAGACUCCUUCCACUGACCUACGUGGCAACCUUUAGGAACCCCAAGCUAGCAACCUCUUCCUCACCUGCUGGUACAGCCCGGGAAGGAUUGACUUCUACGUUCAAGGUCCGUCAUCAACUCAAGAAAUGCGUUAUAGUUUAGUCAUACAUAUAUUCAUUUUUAUAUUCUUUUUCAAUAUAGGUUACUAUAAGAUAUUGUUCCCUGUGCUAUACAGUAUAAACUUUUAAAAAAAAUUUUAUAUAUUGUAGUUAGUAUCUGCUAAUUUAGUUUCAAUAGAAUUCAAAAACAUGGCUCCUACAGGGUUCCAUCCCAUCUCUUUAUGUUGUUACUGUUCUAAAAUACAUCUGUAUACAUUGUGUGCUCCUCAACAUAGACUUAUAAUUCUUGUUUUAUGUAAUUUACUUUUAAGUCAUACAGGGAAAAAAAGAGGAAUUACUGUUAAUUGUGAACAAGUCACAUUUGCACUCAGAUUCAAGUAAAGGGAAACUAGGUUCCUCCUCUUAAUGGAAAGUAUCUGGGUUCUAGAAGAAUAUGUGGGAUGGCAGAUCCUGUUGGUGCCAUCUUUGGAAACAUAAUCUGUCACAGAUAUCAGGAGAAAGAGCUGGUGAUGAGUUGAUGAGUUGAAAAAAUAGAGAGGUCAGUGUGGAUGGAAUGUUAAGAGGGAGGGAGAAAAUGAUCUGAUGUGAGAUGAGAUGGGAAAGGUUGACUUUAGGUACAUUGUCCAGAAUCUUUGAGGCCUGAUGGAUUUUAUUUACAUACAGUGGGGAGGUAUUGGGUGUUUUUUUUAUCUUUUAUUUUUAAUUUUCCCAUACUGUAGACUUCCAGGGAAGUUGCAUAGUGAGUAUAAAGCAUUUUCCUACACCCAUCACACAGCAUUCCCUGAUGUUAACAUUUUGCAUAGCUUCAGUGUACAUUUGUGAGAGCUAGGAAAUUAAUACUGGCGCAUUCCUAUUAACUAAAUAUAAAACUUAUUCAGAUUUCACCAGCUUUUUUAAUGAAUAUAUCUUUCUAUUCCAGUAUCCAGUCCAAGAUACCACACUGUAUUUAGUUGGCAUGUCUCCUUAGUGUCUUGUGAUCUGUGAAAGUUCCUCAGUCUUCCCUUGUUUUCCAUGACCUUGACACUUUUGAAGAGUACUGGUCAGGAAUUCUGUAGCAUGUCUCUUAGUCUGGAUUUUUCUGAUAUUUUCUUGUGAUUAGUACCUUUCUCAUCAAAUCAUACCAGAGCAUACAUGAUAUGAACAUCACCUGGUUAAGAUGCUGUUUUGCAUGUUUCUUCAAUAUAAAGUUGUUAUAUUUCCUUUUCUAUACUUUGACUCUUUGGAAGUGAGCCACUAAGUCCAGUCCACCUUAAAGGCUAGUGGGAAUUAAGCUUUACCUCCCAAAAUGGGGGUAUUUAACAUAUUAUUUGGGAUCCUAUGGGAAAAAAUGCUUCUUUUCCUCUAUUUAUUUAUCCCAUCAUUUACUUACGUCAGAAUGGACCCAUGGAUGUUUACUUUAUAUUUUGAUUUACACUGUGAUAUUUAUUGUUUUUCUCAAAUUGAUCCCAAUUUGCGCAUUGGAACCUUUUUCAGAUUGGCUUUUGUGCCCUUUUAUUUUUCUUUCUUUUUGUUAGUAAUCUUGUUUCUUAUUUUUAAAUGAACUUUUAAUUUUAGAACAGUUUUAGUUUUACAGAAUAAUUGCAGAUAGUACAGAGAGUUUCUUUAUACUCUACACCCAAUUUUCCCUUACGAUUAUAACAUCUUAAUUUAUAGUUCAUUACAAUUAAUAAAUCAAUAGUAAUACAUGAUUUAUUAAAGCCCAUACUUGAUUCAGAUAGCUUCCAUUUUCCCCUUACCCAUUUUUAUUGUUCCAGGAUCACAUCUGGGACACUAUAUCACAUUUAGUAGUCCUGUUUCCUUAGGCUCCUCUUGGUUGUGACGUUUUUCUCAGAUUCUCCUUGCUUUUGAUGACCUUGACAGUUUUGACGAAAACUGGUCAGAUAUUUUAUAGAGUGUCCCCCAGCUCAGAUUUGCUUUGUUUUUCUCAUGUUUAGAUCGGGAUUAUGUGCUUUGGGCAGAAAAAUCACAGGGGUAAAGUGCCAUUCUCAUCCCAUCAUAAGGGCCCAUACUAUUAAUAUGAUUUAUCACUGCGUUUGUUAACUUGGAUCACCUGGCUUGAGGUAAUGUUUGUUCGAUUUCUUCACUGUACAGUUGCUGGUUUUCCCCCCCUUUGUAUACUAUGCUUUUUGGAGGAAAGUCACUAUGUACAGGAGAAACUUAAGGAGUGGGAGAUUAUGCCCUACCUCCCUAAGGGUGAGUAGCUAUGUAAAUCAUUUAGGAUUCUUCCGCACAGGAAAUUUGCCUGGUCUCACCCAUAUAUUUAUUGAAUCAUUUAUUUAUAUUUGUAUAGACUGGUGGAUAUUUACUUUAUGCUUUGGGUUAUAAUCCAGUACUGCUUUAAUCAUUUCAUUGGUCAGAUUGUUUCAACUUUGGAAACUCAUUUGGUCCCUUAGCCCUUUGACAUACCUCCAUCAUGAUGGGUUUUUUUGAGUACUUUCUUACUUGCAUCUGAGAUGUUCUAGGGUUAUCUUUUAUAUUUCCUUUCCAGUCCUAGAAUUAGCUGUUUCUCUAAAGCGCCUGCUUAGAUGACUUUUAUAAAGAAUAGUAUAGAAACCAACAUUUGGAUGCUAGGUAUACUUGUUGCUAAUGUGAUUUGGGAGGUUUUUUUGUUUUUCUGUUUUUUAAAUGGAGGUGAAGUUCACAUAACAUAAAAUUAACCAUUUUAAAGAAAACAAUUUAGUGGCAUUUAGUACAUUGACAGUGUUGUGCAACUACCAUCUCUGUCUAGUUCUAGACUGUUUCCAUCACUCCAGAAUAAAACCUCAUACCCAUU